UCAGCCCUGACGCGGACGAGCUUGUCGACCUCGUCAAGGCAAUGGCGUGCGAGUUCGACGAGACAUUCAUUAUUAUUGAUGCUAUUAACGAGUGCGGAAACGAUAACCAGGUCUCCAACGUUGUUCAUCUCUUCAAGUCCCUUGUCACUCAGGUGGACACAUCGACUCAUGAUCCGGUGGUGGGUGGCGCCAUCAAUAUCGCCUUAUUCAACCGUGACGAAGAUCUAAUCCGGGGCCAACUACAACACGACUUCACCAGUGUACAAAUCGCAGCGCAUACUGAAGAUCUGCUAGUAUAUACUGCAUCUGAAGUCGACAAACGGAUUCGAAACUAGCUGCUGCGAAUCGAAAAACAAAGUCACAAAGAUGAGAUCAUUGACCACUUGGUCCCCCACGCCGACGGCAUGUUCCGGUGGGUUAGCUGCCAG